GCGUGGUUGUUUGGUUGAUCGAAUCAAGAUUUCUACCGAUAAUUCAGAUCCACAAUGAAGCCAGUCCACGCGAAGAAACAGGCCACAACGGAUAAGCAAAAACCGGCGUUAAAAAAGAAACUGAAGCCAGCGAAAAAACAAAAACAAAAGGCGAAACCAAAACCGAAGGACUCAGAUGCAUCAUCGGACGAGGACAUUCCGCCGCUAAAGGAGACACGCGUCUCGGAUGAGCCUGUUCCGAAGAAGACAAGAUGGACAAACAAACAGCGCGUGUUGGUGCUGUGUGCUCGCGGUAUUAACCACCGGGACCGGCAUUUGAUGAACGAUCUGAAAACGCUCAUGCCACACCAUCGUGCCGAACCCAAAAUGGAGCGCUGGAAGACCCUGUCGGUGGUGAACGAGAUGAGCGAGAUGAAGCACUGCAACAAGGUGAUCCUGUUCGAGGGUCGCCGCAAGCGCGACCUGUACAUGUGGCUUGCCAACGUGGGCAAGGGGCCGUCGGUGAAGUUUCUGGUCGAAAACAUACACACGAUGGGCGAGAUGAAGCUGACGGGCAAUUGUUUGCGCGGAUCACGCCCACUCCUGUCGUUUGACCAGGAAUUCACCAAGCAGCCUCAUCUGGCGCUGAUUAAGGAGUUGCUAACGCAAACCUUUGGCGUACCGAACCAGCACCCGAAAAGCCAACCGUUUAUCGAUCGAGUCAUUUCGUUCACCGUCCUGGACAAUCGCAUCUGGUACCGGCACUUCCAGAUCCUGUCGGAGGAUGGCGGACUGACGGAGAUCGGGCCACGGUUUGUGAUGAAUCCGAUCAAAAUAUUCAACGGUUCGUUCGAGGGCGUAUCGAUCUGGGAAAAUCCGGACUACCAAAGCCCCGCCAAGCACCGGCAAAUGCUGCGCAAGGCGGCGAGCAUGAAGUAUCUGGAGAAAACCAAGCACAAGAUCAAUCAGGAGCUGCACGCACCGAAGAAUACGCACGACUUCGAUCCGUACGGAGAGAUCUUCCAGGGCGACGCAGAACGUAAGGCGGUCCAGCUGGUUGCCAAGGAGGAAGCGCAACCGCAGCGCGACUUGGUGCGCCAGGAAAUGGAAGCGUUGCAAAAGCGUGAGAAGCAGAAGGAGGCCAUGCGUCAGCUGAAGUUGGCUGCGGCCAAGAAGAAUGCGCGAAAAAAGUCGAGCAAAAUCGUGGGCCGUAAGCAGCCUGUGGAUAAGAAACCAAACAAGCGCGGACUGGCCAAUGGCAAAGGCAAGCGACAGAUGAAUGGUCGUGGCAAAUGAGGCGGGGACAAUCCGAUUCUUUCGUGUGUGUAAGUAAUGUCAGAUGAUUCAAUAAAGAUAAAUAUCUUUACAAGAUCCGCAAACGCUUCGGAUUCCAUUGGCGUCACAAGGCAUAUUAAAAAAUGUCCGUUUUACGAGUAAUGAAUAAAUAUAGUUUA